AUGGGUGGCGAUCUCAACUUGAAGAAGAGUUUCCACCCUUCUCUUAUUAAGAACCAGGCCAAGGUCUGGGAGGAGGAACGGAAGGCUCUCGAAGAGCGCAAGAAAACACAGCAGAGGAUCAACGAACUCAAGGAGGAGCGCGAGCGUGAAGAGCUCCAGAAGAAGCUUGAGGCCGCCGGUCACACCAAACGAGUCGACCGCGUCGAGUUUCUGUACAGUGGCCCCACCGAUGGCCAAACCGGCACAACAGAGGAGCGCGAGAGCUACCUUCUGGGCAAGCGCCGCAUCGACAACCUUCUCAAAGGCACCGAACACAAGAAUCUAGAGAAGCAGGCUGGCCAGGAGAGUUUCAUGGCAUUGCAAACGGCCAAUACAGCACGAGAUACGGCGGCCAAGGUUCGAGAAGAUCCUCUGCUCGCUAUCAAGAGACAAGAGCAGGCUGCCUACGAGGCGAUGAUGAACGACCCCAUCAAGCGAAGGCAGUUAUUGGCGUCUAUGGGCAUGGCAGAUCACAAGCUGAAGUCGAAGGAUAAGGAAGAGAAGCACAAGAGGAGACAUCAUCACAGACAUCGCGGUGGUGAUGACGACGGAGAUAGGCACCGAAAGAGGCGCCGAUCCUACUCCAGAUCGAGAAGCCCGCGCCGUCGAAGAGACAACCCUAAGGACGAAGAUCGACACGAGAGGUCGUGGCGUCGCAGCGAUUCCGAGGACAGACACAGCCAUCGAUACAGGCGGACUUCGAGAUCGAGGUCGCCCCGCAGACGCGAUUCAGGCACCAAGGACGGCCAUGCCAGGCGACACCGCAGCAACCGCAGGGAAGACCGCGAACAACAACGGUCUGGCUCAGUGUCUGACGAAGAUCGCGCCACUAGACGACGAGAAAGGUCACCGCGUGGCAUCGACAGGCGAGACAAUCCCAACAGGGAUGCAUCAGGGUCUCGGGGCUACAGAAACUACGACAAUCGGCGUCAAGACCAAGGCAGGCGAUCGGAUGACCGCAUCAGCGACAGCAAAGAGGCAGGUAAUCAGGCUGCGGACGAGGAAAGGGCACGAAAGCUGGCGGCCAUGCAAGCUGCGGCUUCUGACCUCGACACUGAUCGAGUCCGCCGUUUGGCCGCGUUGGAGGAACGGGAGAAGGCAGCGCGGGACGCCGACAGCCAGGCAAGAGAACGGUCCUCUAAGUACGGAGACAGGGAAUUCGUCAACGGCUUGCAUCGCAAGGCUGGCAAUAUGAGCCUGGGCGAGAGGAUGGGCCGGGGCAGGCAAGGGCUGCAGCGGGAUGACGACUGA